AUGGAUCUACCUGCUCACCAGCGUCCUUUAUUUUCGGACCGAGUAACCGUCAACGGCACCGUCACGCCGCUCGCUCUUCUCGCCGACGGUAGGCUCUGGUGGUCGGAGGGGAUCCAACGCUGUCUCUCAGUCGAAAAAGAGGUCCUCGGAUUUGUUGCCAGUGGACCCUACAUCAAACUCAAGACGCUCGUGGAGGCUCGUGACGGUUGCUGCACCGCCGGUGCCGCAGGCAGACUCGUUCCUAAUGAUGUUGUUUUUAAACCCUCGUCGGAUGAAACGCAUAGGCUCUGGUGUCAGAAGCUUCGCGAAUUUAUUGAUUCUCUCGGUCGACCUAAGAGGCUGCUUGUUUUUGUGAAUCCGUUUGGUGGGAAGAAAUCUGCUGUCAAGAUUUUCGCUGAACAAGUCAAACCUCUUUUUGUAGAUGCUCAAAUUCAACUCACUGUUCAAGAAACCAAACAUCAGCUACAUGCCAAGGAGAUUGCUUGUUCGCUUGAUAUUAAAAAGUACGAUGGAAUUGUUUGUGUUAGCGGAGAUGGAAUCUUGGUUGAGGUUGUAAAUGGACUUCUUCAAAGAGAGGAUUGGAAUACAGCAAUAAAGAUGCCCCUUGGAGUGGUUCCUGCAGGUACGGGAAAUGGCAUGGCAAAAUCUCUGCUUGAUUCAGUUGGCGAUCCUUGUGCAAUAUCCAAUGCCGUUCUUGCUAUUAUACGAGGCCAUAAGCGACAGCUUGAUGUGGCUACCAUAACACAAGGGGAAACCAGAUUUUUCAGUAUACUAAUGCUUGCAUGGGGUCUAAUUGCUGAUAUUGACAUCGAGUCUGAAAAGUAUCGGUGGAUGGGAAGUGCUCGUUUAGAUUUUUAUGCUCUCUGUCGAUUAUUCAAUUUGAGGCAAUACAAUGGACGUGUUUUGUUUGUUCCUGCACCCGGGUUUGAGUCUUAUGGGGAGUCUACCAGUUAUCCUGCCAAAUCCACUAUCAAAGGCAACAACAGUGAUCCAAGUGAAGGGGCACAUGUUAAUUUGCAAACCCUUCAUUAUCAAGGACCCGAAAUAAACUUGGAAAAUAUGAAUUGGAGAGUUAUAAACGGACCCUUUAUUAGUGUCUGGCUUCACAAUGUACCUUGGGGUGCUGAAGACACAAUGGCAGCACCUGAUGCAAAGUUCUCUGAUGGUUAUCUGGACCUGAUCAUUAUGAAGAAUUGCCCAAAGUUACAUUUGUUGUCAAUGUUGUCAGGGUUGAGUAAUGGAGAACAUGUGAAAUCUCCAUAUGUCACGUACCUGAAGGUGAAAGCUUUCAGUUUGGAACCUGGUUCACGCACAAAGGACCAAGAGAAGGAAGGGAUUAUAGAUUCAGAUGGCGAGGUUUUGGCAAGAGGGAAAGGAACCUACAAGUGUGAGCAGAAGGCUUUGAUGGCCUAUGAUAAAUUGCAGAUAACAGUGGAUAGAGGUUUAGCUACACUUUUUACCCCUUUGUAA